AAAGCACUCUGUCUCCCUCUGUCACUUAGCUAUGCAAAUUGGAUGAGCCGCAGGAGGUCCUCUCACCUGAAAGGAUCCUCACAGCGAUGCACUCCGGCAUCCUGUUUACUCUCAGUCCGUUUGUUAUGGCCAGCAAUUAAAAAUUCAAACUACGAUUGUGUCGACUGCUUUUCCUUCUAAUUCCAAUUGCGGAUUGUGGAGAAAAUGUCCCCAAAGGACAGGCAAAGGACACCCCGAGGAUGCGGCUCAACUGGUCUCAAUUGUUAUGAGGCUGCGGUUUGAUAAUGGAAUGAAUUCGCUCGAAUUUACAAACCAGGGGGAGCAGAAGGCUUACUUGAAUUUAAUUGAAACCCUUUCGGACAACACGGAAUUAAUACUUCCUCAACUUGACUGAACGAAAGGACAAGGACUACCCAAGAUAAGCAGCUUAAAAGAAGUCACAAACGACAGCCUGACUCGAAACUUUAAAAGGUGCAAAAAGGAACCAACAUGGAAAAAACUGGUUGGGGGAAAGGGGCAGUGGAGAAAGGUACUUGCUGGUGACACCUGCUAAAAGUUCGCCAGCAAUCAUAACUGCCAAACGGAGAAAGCCAGGGGAAAAGUGUUAACUUUGCAACAGUGUCAGAAACUGCAGGCGCAUCGGGAGAACCCUUCAAAAGUUUGUUUCGGCCAUUAGCAGGUGGAAAAACGAAAAGUUUCAAAGGAACAUGAUAAGUCAGGUCCCAGUGCUCCCUCAACAAGUAAUUUGAUAUAAUUACUUUGGUUAUCCGAGCUAACAUCAUUCUGUCAUUAGGCGGAACUCACUAAAGGUAUUACCAUUGUUGCGAUGGGCCAUUUCAUUUGGACUUCGGCGAUGGUCCCACCGAGUCGGAGGACUCGCUUUCGCAGGAGUUUAACUCACUUCACGCUGAGAGCCACCCUCUACGGGUCCUGGGUCCUCGGACUAUUUCCCUUCACCUUCGACUCUGGAAAGAAACAACUGCAUCGGUCCAGAUGGCUGCUUGCUUAUGGUGUGAUUCUUAACAUUGGUCUGUUAAUUUUAUCCCUUCUGCCGGUCACGGAUGACCAUAACAUGAUAAAGGAGGAGGUAUUCGCGAGGAAUCCGCUGGUGAAACAGGUAGAAUUUUUGGUGGAGAUAAUCAGUUUGGCAUCAACAGUAAUCAUUCACCUGCGGACCUUUUGGCGGAGCAAGGAGUUGGUCACGAUUCUCAACGAACUACUUCGGAUGGAAAGACGCCACUUCAGGCGGUUAACGCUUGGGGAUUGUAUUGAGUUUGAUAGAAAUGUGAUAUACAAGGGUCUCAUCAUCGUUUUGGAGAUAGGUUCUUCGUUGGUCAUCUACUUUGGAAUACCAGAUAGCAAAGUCGUGUUGAGAGAAGCCUUCUGCAUCUACCUGGUUCAGCUGGAGGUUCUUCUGGUGGUAAUGCACUUUCACCUGGCUGUCAUUUACGUUUAUCGUUUCGUGUGGAUCAUAAACCGACAACUCCUGAGUCUGGCCAACCAGCUGCGCAGCUCCAAGAGAGUAGAUCCCGAUGAAGUCCUUCUGCUCCUCCAACUCUACAGUCGGCUGGUUGAGCUGAACGAUCACAUUGCCUCGAUAUACGAUGUUCAAAUGAUCCUUCUCAUGACCACAUUGGUCUCGGCCAACAUCACCAUAGGCUACGUACUAGUCAUCAUGCUUAUAAACUCCAAUAGGUUCUCCAUUCUGGUGGUAAUUAUCUUCUUCCCACAAGCCUUGAUUAUCAAUUUUUGGGAUCUCUGGCAGGGAAUCGCCACGUGUAAUUUGGCGGAAAGUACAGGGAGAAAAACAUCAACAAUCCUGAAGUUAUUCAACGAUAUCAGAGGCAUGGAAAAGGAGUUGGAGCAAAGAAUUACUCAGUUCACCUUGUUCUGCAAUCAUCGAAGGCUGAGAUAUCGCCAUUGUGGACUGUUUUCCAUAAAUAACGAAAUUGGGUUCCAAAUGGUGGUUACUAAUAUUUUGUAUGUGCUCUUCUUGGUUCAAUUUGAUUACAUGAACUUAAAGUAUGAAUAA